AUUCAAAUUUCGUGCUUGGCAAUGCGCAGGCAAAUGGCAAUCCAAUUGUUUAUUGUUCGGAUGGCUUCGUGGACUUGACAGGAUAUUCGCGAGCGCAAAUAAUGCAAAAGGGAUGUUCGUGUCAUUUCCUGUACGGUCCGGAAACAAAAGAUGAGCAUAAACAGCAAAUUGAGAAAAGUCUGAUGAAUAAGACCGAAUUGAAAUUGGAAGUUAUUUUUUAUAAAAAAGAUG